AAAGCGCCAAUUCAGGUACGAUCAGAACUACUCCCCCAGCUAGAUCUGGUAAAGGUACCGGUAGCUUAAAGCCAAACCCUUUGCUGUUAACCCUUCGCCAAAAGAUCAGCCGUUACCACAAAGUUCAGGGUCUUGAGCUACGACAAGCUGCAAUAGCUUCUGUACUGUAUCGUACCAUUCAUUGGUGGACAGCUGCGCCUUUCCCAACAGAACCGGCUCCCCCCCCCCUCUUUCAUUCUCUCCAGUACCUAAGCUCUCAGAAUAAGAAGAAGCAAUUUCUCCUUCAAACACUUCAAACACUCGAGCUAGGUGCGAGGGAAAAAAAUGGCUUCGAGAUAUACACCGGCGUACACCGAGGAAACCCUCGCAGUAUUGAGUAGGCCGCCAUGGAAACUGGUUCAGGGAAUUGCCAACUUUCGCGACAUUGGAGGGUACCCACUUAGGGACGGUUCCGGCAGUGUUCGACGUGCCUACAUUUAUCGUUCGGCUGAGCCCUCGCGAAUUACCGAAGAAGGAAAGAUUUUGCUAAGGGAUACAAUGAAAGUUUCCCACACCUAUGACCUCCGCUCGGUACCCGAGCUGAAGAGAAUGGAGAAGGAGACGCCAAUUAUUGAGAUUGAAGGUAUAACCAGGAAUUUUGUACCUGUGUUUAAAGAUGUGGAUUAUUCUCCAGAAAAUGUGGCCCUCCGUUUCAAGUCUUAUUCCUCCGGCGACCUAACAGAAGCAUAUCGUUGCAUACUCCAAGCCGGCGGGAAAACAGCUUAUCGUUCUAUCCUCUCGCAUGUCCUUACGCGGCCCGAUGAGCCACUGCUCAUACACUGUACUGUUGGCAAGGACCGAACGGGUGUCAUUACCGCAUUGAUACUUCUACUAGCUGGUGUUGGCGAGGAGGUUAUUGCGGAGGAGUACGCCCUUACGACACUAGGCAUGGGAUCGGUCAAAGAGGCAAUUUGGGAUCAUCUGAUUAAGCAGCCACUGUUUGCCAAGGGGGACGCUGAAGCAAUUCAAGGUCUAGAGAACAUGCUCAGUUCAAGAAAAGACACCAUGCUCAAAACCCUCAAAAUAAUCGACGAGGAGUUUGGCGGGGUAAGGGGGUAUCUUGAGAAGCAGUGUGGCUUCUCGGAAGAAGAGAUUGAAAUAAUUCGGAAGAAUAUUGUUUGCGAUGAGCCGCCGUGUUUCCCUCUGAAGUAGCUUAAAACCCCCUUUACUUUUCUUCUUUACCUACCGGUAUCAUCUUGUACAGUACCGUUGGGUUAGCUUGUCAGCGUCAUUCUUGAUCACUCGAAUUUGGCUUGCGGGUGGGAGUUCAUACGAGCAAUGCGCCUCUCCCCUUGAUGAACCCCUCACUGCAUGCUUAUAGCGUUGGAUGGUUUAAAGGCGAAGAGAAUUCAGUACUUCGGAAUGGCCCCUGGUUGUCUCUGUGAGGUUUGGCACUGCAAUCGAGUGAUCCAUGAUGAAGUACUUCCGUUGAAUCCGUUAAGCGCACUGUGCGACAGCGAACGUAAAAAUAAGCCUUGGAUUACAAGCAGUGACGGAAGUUUGGGUUAAAUGAUGUCUAUCGAUUGGGGCUCGUUUUGUAAAUCUUAUACUGUUUUUCUGUAAUCUCUGCGCCCUUUGUCAGAUUGGGCAGAAUAACCACGUUGAUCACGUGAUCUCGGUUAUAGAACUGGUUAAGUGCGAGAGAGCGAAGGGUAUUUUUGUGUGCGGAUGUGGUUUUUGCUGCUAUUUUUGCUUUGAGGAUGAGAGAGACUACUCUGUUUGCGACGAUAUUUGGGAUAUAUUUGAAGGAGGUGGAGGGGGAGGGUUGGGGCACUGCUUUGAUGGCGCUGAGGCUCUGGCGCUUGAAGAUAGUAGAAAAUAGUAUGAUAUGAUGAUGGUCAUGGCAUCUCG